AUGGAAUGGAAACCGGCAGAGGUGAAGGGAACUCCUCCACCGGAGCGCUUUUCCCACACCGCUGUGUACGCUCCGGAGCUCCAGCAAAUGCUGGUCUUCGGGGGUUCAGACGGUCCGCCCCUGAGUCCGCACGGCCGGGUGGCCGCGCAGGGUCCUUUUCUUCGGAAAGCCCGCGCCCUGCCACCUUCAGCCGAGGAUCUUCCAAACGCACCGGCCUUGGUGGGGACCGUCCUCAGUGGGGCCAGAGUAGCGAUGCUUUACGAGCAGCCCUGCCUGAGGCGCGAGGCUCUCGCUGUUGAUGGUGCGCUGAAGUGUGCGUUGGUGUUCUGCCGCUGGCUGCCUGCGGUGUGCAGCAGCACAACAGUCGGCUGCAGCGCCGGUGAGCCCGCGGAGGAAGAGCAGUGA